AAAUCAAUUGCGCGCAAUCCGUCGGCGGCGACGGUUGCAAAAAUAAAACUCCUCUAAAAAGAAGUAGUGAAAAGUAGUGGCCAGCUCCUGGCCGAUCGAGGAAACUAAUGCCUUUGGCACGACGAUCUUUGAGCGAUGAUCGGGUGCGUUGAACAGUGCUCGAGUGUUUGUCUGUCGAUCUCAUAUUUGCAACACAAAGACUUGUGCAUUAUAAGACUAUAAGAUAAUAAUAAUAUAAGUUCAGUUUAAAAAAUUUCUUGCUGCGACUAGUUGUGCGUGUUAAUGCAGAGACAGAAACUGAGACAGAGCGCCAGCACUCAGAGAGAGGAGACAACGAGAGCUCUGCUGGCUUUAUUUUAUUUUGCUUCGUGUUGCGCAGGCAAUCUUAAUUAAUUUAUUUACGUCUAUAUUGAUUUUUUAAAGUAACUGCUACGCUAGCAGCAAGCGAGCUAGAAAGCCAGCAGACGCCAACAGACAUAAGAGCGCGCGCUUAAUAGGUAUAAAAAUACAUACAAAACGGAGGCGAAUCUGAAUUUGAAUAUUUCGAGCAGUGUGCUUUAGCUUAAAAAAUCAAAAUCAUUGAAACAUUAAGCAUCAAGCUGUUAACUAAAAACUAAAAAACGAACUAAAUAUAUACUAAGAUGGAACCAUCUUGUGAUUUAAAAAAGGAGAGCAUCGACGUGGAAACCGGAGCAGCGGGAGCCAAAGGAGCUGAGGGCAUGGAGAACCUGUCGCACCUGUAUCCCCCAUCACUGCCCAAGGGUCGUGGCCGGCCAAGGGCCACCUACGCUCAGACGGGAGAGUUCGAUCUGGGUUUGAUUCGGGAGUACCGAUCCCGCCCAGUCCUGUACGAUCGCACCAACAAGCGUUUCAAGGACAAGCUGUUUGUGGCCCAACAAUGGGAACAGAUCUCCCACAAGCUGGGUUACGAUGCCACCAGUCUGAGAGAUCGCAUGAUUACGCUGAGAAACCGCUAUAACAUUGAGAAGCGACGCGUCGAGAACGGACUCUCUACACAGGCGUCGCAGUGGCCGCUGUUCGAGAGCCUCCAGUUUCUGGGCGAUCACAUACGGCCUAGGCGCAGCUUCAAGAAUAUGUGCAAGCUGGAGGAUGACGAGGAGCCGUACGAGGUGGACGAGAGCGAUAGCAAUGGGCAUAUGAUGAGCGUCAAGGACGAGAUGGAGGAGGAUAGCGAGAUCUUUGAUUGCGAACAAACGCUGCCAGUUACCACAGUGCUGGGGAUUCCCCUAAACAAUUCUGAUGAGAUUAAAAGCCAACGCCAGCUGAAUGGCAGCGAUGUGGCGUCCAAUGGCAAGAAUUACAAUCACUUUACAGGGAGCUACCAGCGGCGGCAAAACGUACAGCCCGAGUACAUCACCAGUAGUCCCAUUGUCCACAAGAGCAACAGUGGCAAACGUGGAGCACAGCUUGAGGAGCACCCGGCGAAGCGCAAUAAGGCAUCAUCAGAGGAGUCACAACAUUUAUCCACAUUUCCUUCCUUCUACCCCGCGCCCUUGCCACCGGCCUAUGCCAAGUUCCAUGGCUUUGGCGAGUUUAUGGUCCACUCCCUGUGCGACAUGUCGCCGGCCAUAGCCCUACGUCUGGUGCAAAAGUUCACCCGCGAACUGGUUCAGACCUCGCUGCGCAACGAGGAUAGCGGCAGCAGCAGCAGCAAACGGAAGCCGGAUCAAUCGGAUCCAGUCGAUCCGGUCGAUCAGAGCAGCGAGUCGCAGGAGGAGGAGGAGGACGAGUAGAUCUUAAGUUGCAAUUUUUAAUUACGGGUAGGGACGCGUGUCUACAUCUAUAUUAAUAUAGCCGCACUAAUGACAGAUUCGAUUAUUACAUUAACAUAGUGUAUAAAGUACUCCUUCUUUUAAAAGUCUUCUGGAUGGGAAGACUAAAGCAUUUCAUUUAUCAACAAUAAUGGCAAACCAAAAUAUACACUCA